UAUGAAUUCAUAAAAAUCUAACAAAACUGACAUACUUUCGAAAGUUGCUUAAUUAGUUAAGAAAUUAUAACAUAGAGAAUUACCACAUAAGAUGAUUGAAGCAACAGUUUUAUCUCGUAAAACAUCUGUACCAAAAAAUACAAAAUUGCUUCUUUAAUAGGAGCAUAUUGUGAAAUAAAUUACAAUUACUUAAAGAACAAAAGGGAAAUAAUAGAGUUAAAAUUAGUAAUAAUCUCGUCAUGAAUAAUAAAAUGCAGAAUUAUUAAGAAGAAGUCCUGAAUAGAAGGAUUAGAAAAUAGAAGAUAAUAAUGAAAUAAAAGUUGUCUAAUAAAAGCUUCCUUUAAUCAAAUCUUAAAAAGGAUUUUCUAGAAGCACCAAAAAUAUUGCACCCAUCUAAAAAAAUGUUAUAAUAAGUUAUUAGACAGCAACAAAUAAUAGUAUAACAUAGAUUAGUAAUAUAUAAAAUUAAUCGAAUUAACAAUAAGAAACUAAACCAAUAAUCAAAGUCAAUAACUUUAAUAAUGUGUCAAAUUUACUUUAGACAAGUACUUUAGUAAGUAAAUAACCUAAUUCAUCCGAAACUGAAAAAAAAUCUUCAGCAAUCAUCUCAUAAUUAUAAACAAUUUAAUAAAAAUAAGUGGCAAAAAGAUUGCCAAUACCUGAUUCGAGUAAUUUAUCUCUAAGUGGAUGGACUGACCGAUCCCCUAUUAACUGA